GGUGAGGUUCGGGGCCGGCGGGGGGCGUGGGGGCGGCCGCGAGGGAGGGCGGUGACUGAGGGGCGCUGCGGCCUCGUUGUCUUUCAGGACCCCGCGAGCGAUGUGGCGCAGCAGGAAGCCAAGCAGAGGGAGGCCGAGAUGAGAAACAACAUCUUAGCUCAAGUCCUGGAUCAAGCUGCCCGCGCCAGACUAAGCAAUUUGGCACUUGUGAAGCCAGAUAAAGCAAAAGCUGUGGAGAAUUAUCUUAUACAGAUGGCAAGAUUUGGACAGUUACCUGGAAAAGUAUCAGAACAAGGUUUGAUAGAAAUACUUGAAAAAGUGAGCCAGCAAACAGAAAAGAGAACCACAGUAAAGUUCAACAGAAGAAAAGUAUUGGAAUCUGAUGAAGAGGAUGAUUAUUAAAUGCUACUGUAAGUGCAUCUGCCAAAUUGCCAGGAAAAGCGCAAGGAACAUACUGUACCAGGCAGAAUGAUAGAGCUGAAAACGUUUACGUAUAUGUACUUUCCGUAAUUUUUUUGGUAAAGGCCAAUAAAUGAACUCAUGUUCAGUAAAAUAAAUGUAUUAGAGAAAGGGUUUUUAUAGCUUACAUUUUUGUAGUAUCAGAGGCCUGAGUGGUGUGGGUUUCUGCACUGCUUCCUUGUCACGAGCUUUCCUUUGGCGCUGCUCAGCAUGUAAGCUAUGCCACUGGCACCUGCGCACCAUUAUCUUGCUGCUGCCACCAUAGGAGAUCCUAUAACUUGGUGGGGAGGAAAGGUAUUAGGUUGCAAACAGCCACUGUCUGAAAGAAUUCCCUGCACAGUCUAAAUCACAGUACUUGAUUUAGAAACAAGAUCUCCACUGUGGGGGGUUAAUCCAGCAGUUCACUGGAUCUCAAACUAGCUGCCUGGAACCAUUCCUGGAUGUCAUGUAGAAUAAAAUGUUUGGGGAACCAAGUAGUAGAGCUGGGGCAUUGGUUCUGAGGGCCUCUUAGUAAGAAGUCUACUGGAUGAAAACUUACCAGUGUCAGUCAAACCAGUUUCCUUAUAACAUAGCCCAUCAGAUUUCUCACCAAGCGUUUGUUGCUGUAGAACAAGUUUAAAAGUUAAAGUGGAUAUUCAGUAAUGUUUAAACUUGAUUAAAUAACUAACGUAACAGCACUAUUCAGAUACGUGGUAUCAUACAAUCUUUACACUACCUCCAUUUUUAUCAAAUGGCUGGAGUAUUCCCCCCCUCCAAAAAAAAAUAGUUUGCCCUAAACUCCCUGCGACUUGCAUGCAGAAGUAAAAUUAGCCCUGUGAUGUGCCUUUAUUUGAAAAUACGGUUAUGGGAACGUGUGAUACAAAUGUUGUAACAUCCUGCGCGGUGUGAUAAACAUGUACAGGGAGAGGUCUUUUACACCAAAAAUCUCUUUUCUGAUGUGUACACAAUUCCAACUGUAAUGGGCUUGUAACAGAAUAAAAGUGUUUAAACAGAG